ACCGCGCAAAAUUCCACAUACAACCGUACAUUGUCUGUUCGCUUUCUUCAGGGCUGUUUCAAAAUGAACUCAUUAAUAACAGCCGUGGCUGUGCUAGCCGCAACAGUGACUUUCUCAGUCGUCGAGUGUUUCUAGUGUUUCUCGAUUUAUGGGUCGUGAAUUUUUUUUAUCUGUCAUAAACGCGUAUAAUAAGGCUACACCCGUUAACUCGUACAGAAAUCCAUCACCGACAUGUGGCACCGUGGAACCAUUUUGUGGUACAGUCGAUCAGGACUCCGACGAAGGGUGCACUUGCAGUGGUUCAUGGCAACCGCGUUGUUGCUGUCCGAAUCCGCAAAACUGUCCUCAUCCGCGUCGCUACAAUCUGCAGUCGUGCAGACCACAACAACCGACGACAUGCUCUCUCCCGUCUUGCCCCGCCCCCCCUAUAGCAACGACACCUAUGCCCUACCAGACCAUCCAGUACUCCCCGUGGUCGAGCACGUCCUGCCCAGACCUCCCUUGCUCGGCCCCACGUCCUUGCCCAUGCCACUGCAAUGCACCUGUAGCAGUUCCAGCCGGUCCACUGUCUUGCGCCCCGCAGCAACUGCCCUGUCCGUCCUGUGCACCUCAGCAGCAGUCGUCUUGUCCAUGCGCUGAGCCACCCUUGUCGGUUAACUUCCCUUCUAACUUCGCCAAUGAGUACGUGUCGUCAUCUACCCCAUGCCUCUCGCCCCCUCAACGACCGAUGCUACCGAAAUUCAUACCCGUCGCGCUGAAACCACUGUCGUUGAACAUCCACCGGCCGUCGGCUCUGUGCCGUCCUGGAUUAGGGGUAUAUGGUGGCCCAGCCCCAUCGCUAUUUCCAUCGUUGGGGUGUGACACUCCGUCACCCUACGAGUUUUAUAAUUACAAAUAAAAAAUAAAAAAUAUAAUAUAAUAUCAGUAUACUACAAUAAUAAUAUAAUGUAUAAUAAGUAACCUACCUAUACAUAAUUUAUUAUAUUAUACGUCUCUCUAUAUUAUAAUACAAUUUGAAUAUUUUUUUGUCCACUACAAAUGUAUAUUUCUGCGAUUACUUAAAAUAUAUAUAACGAAAAUAAAUUAAUUUAAUUCCAA